CGAUCAGCGUUGCGUUCGGUAGGUAAAUCCAGUUUCGACCUCCCUUGGAUCCACUGGCCAGUAGUCGUCGCAGUAGCUUCAGUCGUGGUCGAGCUUCAGGAUCAGUCGCGUGGGAAUCGGAGGCCGCGGGAAACGUGGUGGGCAGUGCUUAGUGCGCGUGUGAAUCGUCUAUCUUUUUCUUUUCCCUUUCUGCUUUCCUCUUCUCGUGGGCACCCGAAACGCCGAUUUCGUCAAUAAAACAAAGCAACGUGAACGCAUUAGCAAUGGCAGAAAAGAAACGCGUCUGCAUCAUAGGCUCUGGCAACUGGGGAUCUGCGAUUGCUAAAAUCGUCGGUAAGAAUGCCAGGGAACUUCCUCAGUUCGAAGAACGAGUCACGAUGUACGUUUACGAGGAGUUGAUAGACGGUAAAAAACUUACCGAAAUCAUCAACGAGACUCACGAGAACGUCAAGUAUCUACCAGGGCACAAGAUUCCCGAAAAUGUGAUCGCGGUACCGGAUGUCCUCGAGGCGGCCCGAGAAGCGGACAUCCUGAUAUUCGUUGUGCCCCACCAGUUUAUCCACAGGAUAUGCAGCGCCCUUCUUGGAAAGAUAAAAUCCACCGCUGUUGGCCUGUCGCUGAUCAAGGGAUUCGACAAACGUGAGGGUGGCGGCAUCGAGCUCAUAUCUCACAUAAUUGCUAAGGAGCUGAAAAUACCGGUUUCCGUUUUAAUGGGCGCGAAUCUUGCCUCGGAAGUUGCCGAUGAGAAGUUUUGCGAAACAACAAUUGGUUGCAAGGAUAAACUUGUUGCGCCAUUUCUCAGGGACAUUAUCCAGACCAGCUACUUCAGGGUUGUGGUCGUUGACGAUGCCGACGCUGUAGAAUGCUGCGGUGCGCUCAAGAACAUUGUGGCCUGCGGCGCUGGUUUUGUCGAUGGUUUGGGACUUGGGGAUAACACAAAGGCAGCGGUGAUCAGACUUGGACUGAUGGAAAUGAUCAAGUUCGUGGAUGUCUUCUUUCCCGGUGGACAGUUGUCUACUUUCUUCGAAAGCUGCGGAGUCGCUGAUCUCAUAACUACCUGCUACGGAGGUCGAAACAGAAAAGUUUCCGAAGCUUUUGUCAGGACUGGAAAGAGCAUCGCCGAACUCGAAACUGAGAUGCUGAACGGCCAGAAAUUGCAGGGGCCUUUUACCGCCGAAGAAGUCAAUUAUAUGCUCAAGUCGAAGGGCAUGGAGGGAAGGUUUCCGCUCUUCACAGCAAUACAUCGAAUCUGCGUGGGCGAGCUAAAGCCUAGCGAUCUCAUCGACUGCAUUCGCAGUCAUCCGGAGCAUAUGUAAGCCGAAAGAAAUAUUAGAGUCGAGAGUAGCGUCAGCCACGACACAAGCUGAACGAACUUGUGUCCCGAUUCCUCUGCUUUUAUCCUUGCUUCCGUUGCGAUUAUUCUUUUUCCCACUCAAAUAAAUGGGAUGUUGGGCUUUUAAUUAUUGGCGUUGCUUUGAAUUGCUCAACGAAAUUCUACGAUGACAAAAUCAGAAUAAAUAGGUAAUACCGGAUUUCUUCUGGAUACUUUAAAAGGUAUUAUUAUUACCUUAUGCGUGGAAAAAACAGAGUAGUGCAAAAAUUUCUUCAUGCACAAAGACUAUGACGUUAUUUUGAUAUUUUAACAUGAUGUAGUAAAAUUAUUACAUACGUAUACCUAUGUGAAAAAAGUUUAGCAUGGAUAUAUCAUCGUAGAAUAGAUGAAAUUCUGACCAUAGAGACGAAUAGCAUUUCAUCAAUGUCGAUUUCAAAUUGUUAACCGCAUCGUCGGGUGUAAAAGAAAACUUUUAAACAUUAGAAAAAUCCUCUUUCAUUCCUUUACACAAUUCAAUUCAAUUUACUUUCCAAUCUUUAUUGAUUUUCUCCUUCUUUACUUCAAGCAUCCGUGCUAACAGAAAAAUUCUUGAAUUGCGUAACGCUCAACUAUCCCUCUAGACAGGAAACCUCAACCACUUGUUAAAUAUAGGCAACUGUGAUUUCCCUCGCACGUGUUUACUUCUUUGAUUAAUAUCUUGUUUUAUUGACAAGUAUAAUGUUAAUUUACCACUUGCCCCACUUCAAAGCUCUACUAUGCUGUAGUAUGACGAUUAUUCAUCGUUUCGUACCAGUUAUGUACAACAUUGUAUUAUACGUUUGAGAUAUUAAUAUCGCUACGUGGAAUUAGAUGGCAAAAAACAGCUGCGUUUCAGUUUCAACGUUAUAUGUAUAAUGAAAUCUAAAUUAUUGGGAUGAAUCGCGUCAAGUAAAAAGUCGAUAAAGUAAUGCUUGCGAUCAGCAACGGUACUUUGUUAACUUUAACAAUUUUUAAUUCCCGUUUUUUCUCCCCUCCUUAUUAUCAAUUUCCGAACCACUCUGAAAACGCAAAAUCAUCAACUUAUUUGCCUGCUAAAGCGUUGCAAUGAGUACAUUUAACGAG